AUGAUAUUGAGUUAGGAUUACUACGCUGAUCUUGGCUUGAAAAGAGGAGCAAACGAAGAUCAAAUAAAGAAAGCCUUUAAGAAAAUGGCUAUUAAAUACCAUCCAGAUAAAAAUAAGGAUGACCCUGAGGGAGCGAAAAUGAGAUUCUAGAAAAUCGCGAACGCAUACGAAACACUCUCUGAUCCAGAAAAGAGAAGAAUAUAUGAUCAGCAUGGUGAAGAAGGUGUUAAAAGGCAAUAGGCUGGUGGUAACCCAGAUGGAAAUAUGCAUUUUAAUGCAGAGGAUAUUUUCAAACAAUUCUUCGGCGGAGGAGGAGGUGGUGGUAAAGGAGGUCAAGGCCAUUAGCAACACUUCUAGUUCAACUUUGGAGGUGGUCAUGGUCAUCAUUAGCAACAAUAGUAACCUGUGGAGGAUUUGUUUGCAAACUCAGAUGUCAUUAAACUAAACCUAAAUUAGAUAUUCUAAUUCUAUCGCAGGAAGGAAAUAUGGGUGAUGCUCUUCUACAAGCCAGAUGAUGAGGAAUCUAAGAAGCUAAAAGAUGAGUAUAGAACACUUGCCGAGAAAAUGUAUGGCAUCGUUAAGAUUGGAGCUAUAGACUGUAGUGAGGAUGAAGAACUAUGUGAAGAAUUUGCAGUUUACAAUUAUCCUACAUUAAUGGUAUUCUAAGAGAACUAUGGGGAUGAUGGAGAAAAGUAUUAAGGCAAAAUGGAUUGGAAAUCAAUCGCUACCUUUGCUACCAAGAAAAUGCAAUCAUUUGUAUCCCUAGUUACAUCAGACAACUAUGAUUAAUUUGUUAAUAGAGAUCCAACAAAGUAUAAGGUACUUCUCUUUACUGAGAGGAAGUCUACUGCACCUAUCUUUAAAGCACUAUCAAAGCAAUACAAGGAUAAGCUUCUCUUUGGAGAGGUGAGAAAAUCUGACACUGCAAUGCUUACUAGGUUCGGAAUAACUGAAUUUCCAAAGAUCAUAAUUGUGACCAAUCCCUUCAUAUUCGAAAGUGAGGUCUAUAAUGGAGAAAUCAAGAUCGAUAGGAUCACUAAGUUCCUAAAUAACUAUAGUUAUAAACAACCAAGCUAUUAAAAAGCUGUAGAAGUUCAAGAGCUUACCGAAGCUAGGUAUAAAUCAGGAUUAUGCAAAAAGACAUCAUCUAAUAUUUGCAUAAUAAUCUUCACUGAUUUAUAAUUACAAUUAGUAGAAGCUAUAAAACCAAUCUUGGAAUUAUACUAAAAGGAUCCAAUUAGUUUUGUCUAUGUCAAUAAGAAUGAAGAAUCAGCUAUAUAUGAGUAAUUUGGCAAUAAAAAGCAUCAUAUAGUAGCAUAUAAACCUAAGAGAGGUAAAUAUCUAGGUUACAAAGAUGCUGACUACAGUACUUAAAGUUUAAGAAGUUUUAUCGAUGAUGUCCUCGGUGGGGGUGGUACUUUCUAGAGUAUCAGUGGAAAUGAAUUAUAGUUUAAAGGGGGUUUUAGGAAUGAACUUUGA